CGGCCGAACCUGUCUUGUGCUCCGCACCAGUGUCUCAUUGAUUUUCAACUGCAGUUUAUAAUCCUCAUGGCUAAAACACCCACAUGGGAAUUCAUUUGUUUUGUUUCAAUCUAACCGAUUCUAACGACGUUUUUUCCCCCAUCACCUGCUGAGUGAGAUAUUUGUGAGUAAGAUAUUUGUUUUACCUAAUUUUAAACUUUCUUUAGAGAAAACAUCAGUCUUAUUUGAGAGGUAGCCUUUAACCUCGUUGAGGUCCCCAAAUGAAGGUUGAGGGUUUAGCUGAAGGCAGGGCUGGGGGUGCCCCCUGCCCUGGUCCUGCCAGCCAGUGCUGUAUCUCGCGACUGCUAAGCGUGGUGGAGAGCGAGUUGCAAGCGGGGCGCGAGAAGGGGGACCCCACCGAGAAGCAGCUGAAGGUGACGCUCGAGGAAGCGGAACUGUGGCGGAAGUUUAAGGAAGUCACCAAUGAGAUGAUAGUCACCAAGAGCGGCAGGCGGAUGUUUCCGGUGCUGAAAGUGAGUGUAUCGGGUCUGGACCCCAACGCCAUGUACUCUUUCCUGCUGGACUUCCAGCCAGCUGACAGCCACCGCUGGAAGUACGUUAACGGGGAGUGGGUAACAGCCGGUAAACCGGAACCUGCCGGUAAUGGUUGUGUGUACAUCCAUCCCGACUCACCCAACUUCGGAGCCCACUGGAUGAAGGCACCUGUCUCAUUCAGCAAGGUCAAACUCACCAACAAGCUCAACGGAGGUGGACAGAUCAUGUUGAACUCUCUCCAUAAGUAUGAACCUCAGCUCCACAUUGUGAGAGUGGGCGGAAGCCACCGAAUGGUCACUAACGUCUCUUUCAGCGACACACAGUUCAUCGCUGUCACUGCCUACCAGAAUGAAGAGAUCACCGCUCUGAAGAUCAAAUACAACCCGUUCGCUAAGGCUUUCCUGGAUGCCAAAGAGAGGAACCACCCGAACAGUCCAUUGGAGUCCCCAUUUGAUAGCCAUAUGGGAAUUCAACACUGUGGCUGGUUUCUGUCUAACCCAGAGUCGCUGUGUUCAGGUGGGGGUCCUAGCUUCCCCUAUAGCGGGGGUCUGCCUCUCGCCCCCCCUCAUGGGUACAAGCACUACCCCCCCAGGCCAGCUCCCUACCCCCCCUCCUACCUGCCGCACCGCACGCACACUUCUGUCUCUCUGUCUGAGGGGCUACAGGUGUUGUCUGGGGGUCCUGAUGGCUGGUCCAGUGUCUCCUCCCCCGGCCCCUCCUCCUCAGCCCUACCCGUGACCACACCCUCCUCACCCCCGUCCACCAAUAGCAGCAGUCAGUACCCUUGUUUGUGGACGGUCGGGUGUACAGACGGGAGUCCUGCCUCUUCUCCCUGUGCCCAGCUUCACGGACCAAUCAACAGCGAGGGCCACCCACAGCCACCCAAUCACGUCCGGCUGGGCGGGCCCUGUUGGCCACCUGUCUCCACCCAUUCCUACUAACAAACUAUGUGAUUGGUCGAUGCCCACAUGCCAUACAAAUGUGUUAGUGUGUGUGCACCUCAAAAAACGAAGGCCUAGAUUCAAUCAGAUCAAGCGUUAACCGGCAACAGCAGACACCUGCAUAGCGGAUGUUUUGGCUGCUUGGCUGCUCGUGCGAUCAUUGUCACGAAGCCACACAGUCCCACUCGCGUUACAAGUUCAGAAGGAGAAAGGCUGUAUAGAAAUAAUGACGCUCACAUUGAAAACCAUUCAACCAAAUAGUUUCUAUCAUCAUAAUGGAGGUGUAGAUUACAUCUCAUAUUUCACUGUUCUGACUUACAAACAAGGCUGCAUGGGAUUUCUGUUCAUGCCACUCCGUGCAGCCAAUGACAAUGUCCGCUUUAGGUAUAAUGCCAGGAGCCGCUUGUGUAUUUGACAGCUCCUAACGCAGUCCUACCUCUGGCACCGCCGAAACCACGGCUAAGUGGAUGUUGGAUAAAGUGGAUCUGAUUGAAUCAAGCCCUAAAUGUCUCUGCCUGCUUUCAAAUGACUUAUCCUUCUAUGUUUGUGGUUCAGCCCUGACAGACUAACUCUGGCCCAGGCCCGGACUGACUAACUCUGGCCCCAGGCCCGGACUGACUAACUCUGGCCCCAGGCCCGGACUGACUAACUCUGGCCCCAGGCCCGGACUGACUAACUCUGGGCCCUGGUAAUAAGAUAUGUCAAACUGCCAGCGUUAAUAUGCAGGAGUCAGAAGAAAUAACUAUGUGAAACUACGGUACAGAAAAAUAUGUAUUAUGUCUGUGCCUUCACUCUGUAAGCUUUAUGAUAAUGUUUCUGUCUGAUAAAUGCUGUUCAUUGUGAAACGCUGAAAAUAAACAUU